GUCUGCAGGACGCGGCGGCCAUGACGCUCGCAAUGUCGAUGGGCACGAUGAACCAGGUGUUCGUGGAUGGAGCGUCGGACGAGGCCCCGCGCAUCCUUCGACAGGACCAGCUCAUGCUCCCUCACCUAUACGCCCCUCUCAAGUCCACGUCUGCGUGCCAUGAGUGCACGAAAGCAUUUACCACGUUUCGCCGCAAGUACAAUUGCCAAAUGUGUGGCGAAGUUGUGUGCCGUAACUGCACUGUCGCGUACGUCGCCGAAGUGUCAAAUGAUGUGAUCGACGCCAAGGUUUGCAUGUCGUGCGUGUCGAUUGUCGAGGCUGAAUACCAUGCAGCCAUGCCAACAGCAGCUGCUCCACAGCGUUCGUCCCCUCGAGCAAGCCAUUUCCGCCACACAUCGCUCUCAGCGAGUAACCAGUCGUCCUCUGCGUGCGGCGACCACGGCGGGUUCUCUGUCGAGUCGCAAUUGGAAGAGCUUCGCACAACCCGGUCGUUGCCGGCGACUUUCACGGCUCUCGUCGCGGUCAGCUCUUCUUCGUCAACCGAGGAAAAUUUGCUUCCGGGCCACAACUACCCCGUGCAGCUCGUGACCGCUACCACCGCUUACGACUACAUCCUCGACUUUAACUGGGCCAACCCUUGGCCCAAGCCCCCCGUCGUGGCCAACGAUGCCCAGCGGGUCCAGGUGCUGCGGAGCUAUCCCAUUCUCGACGGUGUCGACCACGUGUCGGGGUUUGACGCAAUCUGCGAGUUCGCGUGCAAUGUCCUGCAUUGCCCAGUUGCCAUUGUGAGCGUAAUCGACGACAAGUACCAGCGCUUCCAAGCCAGCGUUGGGCUUGCCCAGGACAAAAUUCCCCGGAACGUGGCGUUUUGUGCCCACGCGCUCUUGUCCAAGGAACCGAUGGCCGUGCUGGACACGACGCAGGACGAGCGUUUUAAGUCGAAUCCCAUGGUCACAGGCGCUGGCAUUCGCUUCUACGCGAGCGCGCCUAUCUGUGCGCCGAGCGGCCACGUCCUCGGCACGGUAUGUGUGAUGGACCAAGUCACGCACCCUAAUGGGGUCGACUUGAGCUUGCUCGAAGUGUUGGCGAACGUCGUGAUGAAGAAGAUGGACGACUCUGAGCGGAGGAGACUUCCAAGCAUCAGCGCGCCAACGCGCCCGUCGUCGUCGGAGGACGGUGGAAAGGUCAGUCGACGAAACAGCAGUGGUAGCUCGACCCGUGUCCAUCGCACAUCGUCCAGCGGCCACGACCUUGAUUGUGCGACCCAGCACCUCGACAGCUCGGAGCGGAUGUCGACGAUGGCGGCCAUCGCCAACACCGGCAUCAGGGACAACGUGAUUUCAACCGAUGCCGUGGCGAACCACCACCACCACCAGCAGUUCUUCAUCUCGCCCGACGAACUGAAGCCGCGAACUCAGUGGGUGUCGGACUCGAAACGCCACAUUUGCCAAGUGUGCAGCCGCAAAUUUUCCAUGCUCCUUCGCAAGCACCAUUGCCGCCUCUGCGGCGAAGUAAUAUGCAAGCAUUGUGCCAUGUCCACGAUGCUCGUGAAACAGGACAAAAUGGUUGCGAUCAUGGCUUGCAUGGAGUGCCUUCGUACUCGAUCUGGCUCGGUCGAUCCGGCGACCAUCAACAACAGCAGCAGCAUUUCUUCCCGCCACCAUAUCGACGUCGACUCGAUCAUCCUGCAUCCGCGCCGAGGGGGAGACGUCCCGUCGAGUCUCGAGAGCGACACCACUUUGAAGCGGCUAGCCACAUCGAUCGACGAAACCGAAGUCGUUGACGAACCAGAACCGGCCGAAUUUAUUCCUGUGCUCCUGCGCCAUCAAGCGUACGACGUUGACACCAACUCGACCAUGUACAGCAAUCACAACUUGAUCCUGGAGCCGCGAGUUGCCGACGUCACUCCCCCGCGCGACUUCACGCAGCAAGAAAUCCAGUCAAUGCUCGUGCGGCUCCUGUCUCAAAGCAACGAUAUCCAACAACAGAUCUCUCAGACCGCCGCCCCGCCCCCCGCUUCGUCACAUCGAAGCACAUCUCGUUAACUUAAUCGUGGUAUGUCCUCC